CUGAACCUCGUAGAGGACGGAUCUCAAACCUGCCUUCCUGCAAACACUCAGCAAACAGCAGCGGCAGCUCUGAAAUCCCGCUGAUUUUUUCCCUCCCCCUUAAGAAACUACCACCACUUCUUCUUUUCUCUCCCCCCCCCCCGCAAAUUUGCAAUCCAAAAAGCUGCCUUGGAAGAAAACACACGCACUCACGUACAACACACAGUCCCAGAGGAAGCAAGCGAGAGAUCACCAACCUCACUCCUUUUUUUUUUCCUUUUUAACAAAAAGGGGGAAAAAAUAAUAAGGCAAAAACAAACAAGAUACAAACCGCUUUCGACCGAUCGGAGCUGAGACGCCAAAGCUGUUCAAUGUUGGAAGGACUGCGCGACCUCGCCAAGCAACCUUUGGGAUCUUUAUAUAGAUUUUAUUUUUGAAGAACCGCUUUCUGUCGCUCGCCUGGGCUCCCCCUUGCCCUCGCGCGCGCCCCCUCUCCCUCCAUGUAUGAUGCAUUAAGAGAAAGUGACUUGGGAUUGACGAAUCGGCCUCUUGUUCAUUGAGAAAAAAAAGCGACAAGGAAAUCAACUGUGUGAUUGCAAAGGAGGAGAGGGGGGAAAAUCCACCUCGUUCCAUCUGGAAAAGAGGGCUUUUAACAUUCUUCCAAGUUUUCGUAUGUGGUUGUUUUGUUUGCUAUUUAUUAUCAUUUCUCCCUGGAGAAGAGGGAAGGGGGGCUGGACCAAACCCCCCAACAACUUUGCUGUGGAUUUUCUGUUUUACGUUUCAAUGAUUCUUGCUUGCAACCUGGACUUGAAGAUUUCAGAUGUGUUCUAAGCUUCCUGGAGUGAUCACUCUUCAGGGUACUGAUGGAGACAAGAGCUCAGAAUGGCAGCGGGUCACAGUCCUUGCUACAGGGUCAGCAUGACAGUGGGAGACAGUAUGGCGAAUCUGACCCGAGGGAUGUUCUGGCACAACAAGUCCACGUCUUGUCUUUGGACCAGAUCAAAGCUAUCCGAAAUACAAAUGAAUACACGGAACCACCGACGGUGGCUCCACGGCCUGGGGUGAAAGCAGCACCACGUCCACCGCUCCAGCACAAAACUGAAAGACCACAUGGAUUGACUGAACAGCGUCAUGUUAGCAGGGUCCAGCAUCCCCAGGUCCAUGUCUCUUCCCGGGUACCGCUGUCCCGUUCCAUUAGCACAGCCAGCACUGGCUCACGGGGCAGCACAAGGACAAGGACAAGUAGUAACUCAUCAGAACAGAGACUUCUUGGGUCGUCUUUGGGGACAGUUGUUGACGGGAUAAUCCGAGUGCAACCUAAAUCAGAGCUGAAGUCGGGUGAGCUCAAGCCCCCGAGCAAAGAAGAUCUGUGCAUGCAUGCCUACAGGUGUGAGGACUGUGGGAAAUGUAAGUGUAAGGAGUGCACUUAUCCACGAACCCUUCCAUCCUGUUGGAUCUGUGAUAAGCAGUGUCUUUGCUCCGCCCAGACUGUGGUUGAUUAUGGAACUUGCGUCUGCUGCGUGAAGGGGCUUUUCUACCACUGCUCCAAUGAUGAUGAGGACAACUGUGCCGAUAACCCUUGUUCUUGCAGCCAGUCCCACUGCUGCACUCGGUGGUCCACCAUGGGGCUUGUGUCCCUCGUUCUUCCUUGCUUAUGGUGUUACCUGCCAGCCAAGGGUUGCCUUAAAUUGUGCCAGGGCUGUUAUGACCAGGUAAACAGGCCAGGCUGUCGCUGUAAACACUCCAACACAGUUUGCUGCAAAGUUCCCCAUGUCCCACCCAGAAACUUUGAAAAGCCAACAUAGCAUCACUAAUCGGGAGGUUGACAGAUAAUAAGGAUUCUUCUUUUAACACAUAUGCAGCCAACUAAACAAGCUAUAAUAGUGGCACUGUUUGUUAGGAAGAUUGGGUGGGAGGGUUUGCAGUGACCUGCUUUUUCUGUGUGUGUUUGCAUGGGCCAACUUAAUGGAUACGCUUGUUAGAAUCCACCCAAUGGAAAUCAGGAUGGGAUUAUACUCUAUGGGACCCAAAUAUUGCAUAAGCUAACGCAACUCAGACACUCCUAGGCGAUCUGUUGUGUUGUGAGUGUGAGUGUGUGUGUGCGUGUGCGUGUGUUUCUUAAAAAAUGAAUAGUACAUUUGUAAAUUGGAAAACUACUUUACCUGAUCCCCAAUUAUUUUCUGCCAGAGAUGCGCUAUAUUUUUGUAUAUAGGAUAUUUUCAACUGUGAAAACAUGAGUGUCAUAGAAUAUAUGGCACAGGUCACAAAAUAUUAUACUAAUAUGUUGUACAUUCAAAAGAAUGUGAAUCAAUCAGUAUGUUUUAGAUUGUAUUUUGCCUUACGGAAAGACCUUCUAUUGCAAGACUCUGAUUUUCUCCCCUUUUGGACUUCAUGUAUAUUGUACAGUUACAGUAAAAUGCAGUCUUUAUUUUCUAAUUUUUUCAACAUA